GUGAGCGCGACUCGCAGCAGCUUCAACGAUAACUCUGGCUGUAAUGUUCGUGAGAUGGGCUCUGCUGUUGGUACUCGGACUGGUUUCAUGGGCUACCGCAAAGUCUAGCACAGGAGACUCUGUGCUUGUAAUCCUUGAACCUAACCUUGACAAGGAUAACUUCUCGAUAUUCUUCGAUGGCUUGCGUGAGAAGGGAUAUGAUCUGACGUUCCGCUCGCCCAAGGAUACUCAUCCACCUGUUCUGGAGCAUGAACAUGCUCAGUUCUCUCAUGUUAUUCUGUUUGCGCCGGAGACCAAAAUUUUUGCUUCCGAUAUUACUCCUCAGUCUCUAGUUACUCUGCUUUCGAAAAACACAAAUCUCCUCAUUGCGCUCUCGCCAAAACAGACGCCUCUCACGUCCCUCGCGCCUGAAUUCUCUCUAGUCUUGCCUCCACCCGGCACACCACUCAUUUCGCACUUUCCUGAGAGGGACACACCUGCCACCGUCAUUCCCGUCAAUGUUUCUUCUUCAAGUCCGAUCUUGACUCAGGGCUUGGCACCUGUGUGGUUCUCCGGCAUUCCAUUCUCACUUCAAAAUAACCCGCUUUUGGUUCCCAUUUUGAACGCACCACCUGAGAGCUUCGCAUCUGACUCUGAGAGUGACAAUGGUGCUGACUCCAUUGUUGAGGCUGCCGACAAGGGUGGUGAAGGUCUUUGGGCGGGAAGUCAGUUGGGUCUCGUUACUGGUUUCCACGCCCUUGGUGGCCCACGCGUGACUUGGGUUGGUGGAGUCGAUAUUUUCAGUGAUGAAUACAUCCAGAAGGAGGUUGCAAAAGGUGUAGAGUCUGGCAAUGAGCAAUUCAUUGCUGAUGUUGCGGCCUGGACAUUCCAGGAAUCCCUUGCUUUGCGUAUUGAUAGCGUUUCCCAUCGCCGUCUGAAUGAAACCGAACCUCGCGAAACUUAUACAACCAACGACCAACUGGUGUUCUCCACGCACAUCUCGAAAUAUAACCCGGAGACAGCGGCUUGGGAACCCUACUCUGGCAUUGAUGACCUACAACUUGAGUUUACCAUGUUGGAUCCUCACAUUCGGACCUCGCUGCCUCCAGUUCCUGGGACACCUGGCGAGUACUCGGUAACUUUCCGUGCCCCCGACCGUCAUGGGGUGUUCAAGUUUGUAAUCAACCACAAACGCAAAGGAUGGACUCACCUUCAGAGUUCGACGGUCGUUCCUGUGGUACCCCCAAGGCACGAUGAAUACCCGCGGUUCUUGAGUGCCGCUUGGCCAUAUUACGUUGGUGCCAUCAGCACGAGUCUUGGAUUUUUCUUAUUCUCAGCCUUAUGGCUUGCUGGGGAUGAUAGGGAGAGCAAGAAGACGAAAGGUAGCAAGACUGAGUAGAUAGAUGUACAGCUAUUUAAUUAUUCAUGGACCAUUGCUGGACUGCACAUUUGUGGUUGCCUUUCGGUAGCCGUAAGUAACUUCAAAUAUCGUAUCCACUUCACGCGAACAACCGAAGAAACCACUCACGGGACG